GCAGCUGCUCAUCUUUGCCAACUGAGGAAAUUUGAAGUCUGUUGAUCAAAGUCGGCAUGGACGAGGCUGUGAUUGUGAUGCUUCUGCUGACAGGGUUCUUCGUCCCCUCUGCUUCCUCUCCAAACAUCUACUACUUUAUCAGACAGAAGAUGAGUUGGGAUGAAGCACAAGUCUACUGCCUCUCUGAGCACACCCAAAUGGCCCAAAUACACAACAUGGAAAACGUGACCACAAUCAUGAACACUCCAGCCGGGGGAUACGCAGACAAGGCCUGGAUUGGAUUGUUCGAGAACACUGCAGACUGGACGUGGGUGGACGGACAGCCAGCCACAUAUUCCAUGUGGAGCCCCGGUCAGCCAGACAACGUUAAUGCAGAUGAGUUCUGCGUCUGCUUGACUAACAACGGAUCCUGGAAGGAUUCCAGCUGCUCAGAAAUGAAACCCGCUGUUUGUGUAAUGGAGGAUUCAUCUUACACCAUUACUAUGAAUCAAAUGACGUGGACAGACGCCAAAACCCACUGUGAAGAGCAAGGUGCAAUUCUGGCCACUUUCCCUGAUGAAAAAACCAGCAUCCAAAUUGACGGGAAAACUGUCGAAGCGUGGAUCGGCCUCAGCAGGCCGAAGCUCUGGUACUGGUCAGAAACCGGAGAAAACUACAAAUUCACAAACUGGCAACCGAAACAGCCCGACAACCUGAACGGAGAAGAAAACUGUGCAGCCGUCGUGGUGAAAGACGGAACCUGGACUGACGAGCAGUGCAACACAACGUUACCUUUCUUCUGCUAUGGCGUCUACAAGUCAAGGAAAACAGUGGUGAGGAUGAAGAUCCAGUCCAGCGCAAACCUGGAGGAUCCAGCCCACAGUGCCAGCCUGCAGCAGCAGUUGCAUGCAGCAUUUGCUAACUGGGGAGCAGCUGACUUCAAACUGACUUGGAAGCAACUGCCAGUGAAGCAGGCAGCGAGCAGUGAUGAUUGACAGAUUUAGCUUGUUGACCCGGUGACAGCAGCUCCCAGAACGAUGCAACGCGACACGGUUCAUCAGCCUGGACAUGAACGUUCUGAAUAAAUCCAACACAAAAAGCAGCAUCUGUAAUGAAAAGAUGCAGCUUUUCUGAUUUCAGUUUUGAACGACUUUUCAUGACACAUCACGUGUGACUUAGAAGCAAUAUAUAACUUUCUUUUUUUCAGUAUCUACAGCUGCUUUUAUUGUACAUCUUCAUAGUCUGGUAAUAUUUUAUAUCUUUCUUGUAGUCAACAAAUCUCCCCUGAUUGUACUGACAAACAUAGUGUGUGUAUCCAGAGCUUCAUAUAGCUUCUCUUUCUGAGCCGCAGAGCUCCAUUGUUGUCCAAAAACAACUAAAAACACGUCAGCGAGCCACACUGUUGCACUGAGGGACCACACACACACAAUCCUGCUGUUGUAAAUACUCACCACGGCAAAAACUUUGUAUUAAUCUACGACGGAAAAUAAUCCCCAACAAAUGCGUUAUUUUUCUAAUGUUUGAGUGAUGUUGCUAAAAACUAUGGACAAACCCAAAAACAGAAG